AUGCCUUCUUAUUUUCAAGCUGCUGGCCUCUUGGCUCUUACAGCCUCUGCUUUUGCAGCACCAGCCCCUCAAGCCACAACCGAUGCGCCGGCAGCGACCGCAACUGCUGCACCAGCACCGCCUGUUGUGAGCAGCCAGGUUACGGGUCCUACUUCUCACGGCCCGUAUAGUGGCCAGCCAACUACGACCGGUGCUCUAUCGAACACUGUUCUGGCAGCCUCCAUCCCAGCGCUUCCACCAAACCCUACAGCAACGACCUACCUUGCAAAUGGCGAACUUCAAGACCCUCAGCCAGCUCCGUAUACACCGGCCGGGGGGCUUGGCACCAAUGGGACCGAGCCUGUUUACAAUGUCAAGAGCGAUUUUGAUUAUCAGUCAUUUGCGCUCGCUUUGUAUCAGGAGUGGAUUGAGCUCGAUCUCUUCCACCAUGGUCUUGCUACAUUCUCUGCCGAAGAGUUCGAGGCCGCUGGCUUGACUGCUGAAGAUCGCUACUUAAUCCAGUUCAUGGCGGACCAAGAAGUUGGUCACUCUACACUCCUCACCAAUAUUAUUGGCGAGAGUGCUCCCGUUCAGUGCACAUACAACUAUCCAUUUACCACUGUGCGCGAAUUCCUCGACUUCUGCCAGAAGUUGACGCGUUUUGGAGAGUCCGGCGUGUAUGGUUUCCUAGAACAUCUCGACUCUCGCGAGUCUGCCACGCUUUUGCUCCAAUCCAUCACUACCGAGGCUAGGCAGCAACUUAUCUUCCGUCAGUUCGAUGGCAUCUUCCCCAUGCCAGUUUGGUUUGAAGUUGGGGUGCCUCAGUCAUGGGCCUGGACUUUGCUUGCACCAUACAUCUCGGAAUGUCCGGCCAAUCAAACUCGCCUGGCAUGGCAGAACUUUCCAGCUCUCGCAAUCCUGAAUCAGCCAAACCCAGCCCGUCUCGAUGCCCGUCAGACUGGUAUCAACGAGACCAUUGACACUGGUAUGAACACUUUAAACUCGACUGUGGUCCCUCCCGAGGAGGCCUGCUUUGAUGCGGAUGAUGAGCUCGCGGACUGCAAUCCUCGCAUUAGUCAAAACCGCACGAUUCCCUUGUCGUACCCAGGUCGUCAGGUCUAUUUUUCUUGGGAAACACCAGGAAGGCCAGUAGGGCCGAACAACAGUUACAUCACAUCGACCACCGCUGGCGCUCCAAAAUUCGUUCUGUGGGCCAGUCAAUUGAACGUGACUUAUUCGCCGUUGACCAACGUGUCUGGCACCACUGGCAUGACCGUCCAGCCGGAUGUAUCAACAUUUGAGGGAGAUCCAGCUGUAAAUGGCACUAUGUUUGUCGUUCUUACAGAUCUCGAUCUGUAUGUGACGCCAUUCAACAUUUCCCAGGUCAACCCUCAUGUUGUUGCUGGUCCAGCGCUGUAUCAGGCCGGUUAG